ACAGAGGUGAGCGGGAGAGCGAGCGAGCCGGCCGGCCGGCACAUCCCCGAGGGCAGCGGCGAGGCAGGGGGUCGCUCGGUCUCCUCCUCUCGUCUUCCUCGCCCCGCGUAUGGCUCUGGCGAACUAAGCGGGCUCGCGCCUCCCUGCCUGCCUCCUUGGACGGAUCGCCUCGGCUACCAUGCGCGCCUCGAGGUGGGCUCGCCAGGACAGCUCCCCAGCCAAGUGAUCCCUCCGCGGGGGCGCUCCGCUGCCCCCUCCUUUUUAAUGGUGAGCUCUUUCGCCCGGCCGCCGCUCUCGCCCUCGCCGCCGCCGCCCAGCCCGCUGGCUCCCUGGAUCUGCCCCCCGUGACGGAGAUGCGCGCGGCGGGGUGGUUCAAGCGGCUGGCGGCUGCCGCCCGGCUGCUCCUCUGGCUCCUCUUCGUCUUCUGGGCUCUGGAGCUCCGGUGCGCCCUGGCGGAUUUCACCGUGGAGAACGAGGUGCACUCCAGCUUCAUCCACAGGAGGCUCCGGAGCCAGGAGCGCCGGGAGAUGCAGCGAGAGAUCCUCUCCAUCCUGGGCUUGCCCCACCGGCCGAGGCCCCAUCUGCACGGCAAGCACAACUCGGCGCCCAUGUUCAUGCUGGACCUCUACAAUGCCAUGUCUGUGGAGGAGGAGGGCGCCGGCGGGAGCGACGGCGGCGAGGGCUACUCCUACCCUUACAAGCCCAUCUUCAGCACCCAAGGGCCACCCCUGGCCAGCCUUCAGGACAGCAGCUUCCUCACCGAGGCGGAUAUGGUCAUGAGCUUUGUGAACAUGGUGGAACAUGACAGAGAGUUCUAUCACCAGCGCAGCCAUCGCCGCGAGUUUCGCUUUGACCUCUCCAGAAUCCCUGAGGGUGAAACAGUCACUGCUGCUGAGUUUCGGAUUUACAAGGAUUACAUCAGAGAACGCUUUGACAAUGAAACGUUCCAGAUCAGCGUCUACCAGGUCCUCCAGGAACACCCAGGAAGGGAUUCAGAUUUGUUCUUGCUUGACACUCGGACAAUCUGGGCGGCAGAGGAAGGGUGGCUUGUGUUUGAUAUUACAGCAACUAGUAAUCACUGGGUUGUCAAUCCACAACACAACCUUGGCUUGCAGCUAUCAGUGGAAAGCAUCGAUGGACAAAGCAUCAAUCCCAAGUUAGCUGGUCUUAUUGGAAGGCAUGGCCCACAAAACAAGCAGCCAUUCACGGUGGCCUUCUUCAAAGCCACAGAAGUGCACCUCCGUAGCAUCCGUUCUGCAGGAGGUAAACAGCGAAACCAGAACCGAUCGAAGACGCCAAAGAACCAAGAAGCCUUUCGGGUGUCAAAUCUUGGAGAAAACAGCAGCAGUGACCAGAGGCAAGCUUGCAAGAAACACGAGCUCUAUGUCAGUUUCAGGGAUCUUGGUUGGCAGGACUGGAUCAUUGCUCCCGAAGGUUAUGCUGCAUAUUACUGUGAAGGAGAAUGUGCCUUUCCAUUGAACUCUUACAUGAAUGCAACAAACCAUGCUAUUGUACAAACGCUGGUUCACUUUAUAAACCCAGAUACUGUGCCGAAGCCUUGCUGUGCCCCAACGCAGCUCAACGCCAUCUCAGUCCUCUAUUUUGACGACAGCUCCAAUGUAAUUUUGAAGAAAUACAGAAACAUGGUGGUACGAGCCUGCGGUUGCCAUUAAAUAUUCAAAUCAGGAAAGCUACAUGUGGCUUGCAAAACGGGCAGGUUGUGUGUGCUGUUGAUUUUUACCAUGCGUCAUUAAAAAGAAAAGAAACCCUUCUUUGAAAA